UGGCGCAGCAGCAGCAGCUAGGAAGGGGGAGGGAGGUGUGCAGAGUGAGGGCGGGUCCGCCGCACGUCCUCUGAGCCCGCCGGAGCCGCGAAGCUGCAGCCGCCAGACUCCUCCAGCACGGAGCUGGCAAAGCGUGCUCCGAGGAGCCCGGGACUUUGGUCCGGACCUGCAAACCAGAGAGGAAUCUUUUCUUCAGCAUUUUGGAAUAGAACUUGGGGCUGGCGGCAUGAGUCCAGUAAGGCGCGGGGGUAGACCCUGCCUUUUACCUUUGCAGCUCUUUAGCCUCUGCUGGGUGCUCUCAGUGGCCCAGAGCAAGACAGUGCGAUACAGCACCUUCGAGGAGGACGCUCCUGGCACGGUCAUCGGGACCUUGGCUGAGGACCUACAUAUGAAAGUGUCCGGAGACACAAGCUUCCGCCUGAUGAAGCAGUUCAACAGCUCGCUGCUACGUGUGCGUGAGGGUGAUGGGCAGCUGACCGUCGGGGACGCGGGCCUGGACCGCGAGCGGCUGUGCGGCCAGGCUCCACAGUGCGUGCUGGCCUUCGACGUGGUCAGCUUCUCGCAGGAGCAGUUCCGGCUGGUGCACGUGGAGGUGGAGGUGAGGGACGUCAAUGACCACGCGCCGCACUUCCCACGGGCCCAGAUCCCCGUGGAGGUGUCCGAGGGCGCGGCCGUGGGCACGCGCAUCCCCCUGGAGGAAGUCGUGUUCUCCUUCGGUGCCCGCACCUCGCCAGAGGCGCGCCGGCUCUUCCAUCUCGACCCGCGUUCGGGACGCCUCACCCUCGCGGGACCCGUGGACUACGAGCGCCAGGACACCUACGAGCUGGACGUGCGGGCGCAGGACCGUGGCCCCGGGCCUCGCUCAGCCACCUGCAAGGUCAUCGUUCGCAUCCCCUCGUCUACCGGGCCCGGGACACCAGAGGCCAGUGCUAUCUCGCUGGUGCCAGAGGGAGCGGCCCGGGAGAGCCUGGUGGCUCUGGUCAGCACCUCGGACAGGGACUCGGGCGCCAACGGGCAGGUGCGCUGCGCCCUCUACGGGCACGAGCACUUCCGGCUACAGCCAGCUUACGCGGGCAGCUACCUGGUGGUGACCGCUGCAUCCUUGGACCGUGAGCGAAUCGCUGAGUACAACCUGACACUGGUGGCCGAGGACCGCGGCGCGCCCCCGCUACGCACCGUGAGGCCCUACACGGUGCGCGUGGGAGACGAGAACGACAACGCGCCGCUCUUCACCCAGCGGGUCUAUGAGGUGUCUGUGCGCGAGAACAACCCGCCUGGCGCCUACUUGGCCACGGUGGCUGCCCGAGACCCGGACCUGGGCCGUAACGGCCAGGUCACCUAUCGGCUGCUGGAGGCUGAGGUAGGCCGCGCUGGGGACGCCGUGUCCACCUACGUCUCAGUGGACCCGGCUACCGGGGCCAUCUAUGCGCUGCGCAGCUUCGACUACGAGACGCUGCGCCAGCUCGACGUGCGCAUCCAGGCGAGCGAUGGCGGCGUCCCUCAGCUCUCCAGCAGCGCCCUGGUGCAAGUGCGGGUGCUGGACCAGAACGACCACGCGCCAGUCCUGGUGCAUCCGGCGCCGGCCAACGGCUCCCUGGAAGUGGCAGUCCCAGGGCGCACUGCAAGGGACACGGCCGUGGCGCGUGUGCAAGCUCGGGACGCGGACGAGGGUGCUAAUGGGGAGCUGGCUUUCGACCUCCUGCAGCAGGAGCCGCGAGAAGCCUUCGCCAUCGGCCGCCGCACGGGGGAGAUCGUGCUCACCGUUUUUUGUUUUGUUGUUUCUUGCCCAACCCUCACCCCCCGCUUCUCCCAUCCCCUGCUGCAGCCCUACCGCGGCGCCUCUGGCUUCGGAAAGGAGCCGGCGCCCCCCGUGGCGGUCUGGAAAGGACAUUCUUUCAACACCAUCUCUGGCCGAGAAGCGGAGAAGUUCAGCGGCAAAGACAGCGGCAAAGGGGACAGUGAUUUCAAUGACAGUGAUUCAGACAUCAGUGGGGACGCUCUGAAAAAGGACCUCAUCAACCAUAUGCAGAGUGGACUGUGGGCGUGCACGGCUGAGUGCAAGAUCCUGGGCCACUCUGACCGCUGCUGGAGCCCAUCAUGUGGAGGGCCCAACACCCAGCCCUCCACACACCCACCAGCCCAGAUGUCAACCUUCUGUAAGAGCACGUCGCUGCCUCGGGAUCCCCUGCGCAGAGACAAUUACUACCAGGCCCAGCUGCCCAAGACAGUGGGGCUGCAGAGCGUCUAUGAGAAAGUGCUGCACAGAGACUAUGACAGGACAGUCACUCUGCUCUCCCCUCCUCGUCCAGCGAGGCUCCCAGACUUGCAGGAGAUCGGGGUACCCCUCUAUCAGUCCCCACCUGGCAGGUACCUGUCCCCAAAGAAGGAAGCCAAUGAAAAUGUGUAACCCCAUGCUGCAUGUCUUCACACAUAUACAGGUCACUCUGAGAAGACCCUAAGUUAUUGACCGGUUUCAGUGUUGUAUAUAUAAAUAUGCAAGAUGUGCCUUAAAAUGAAGUUGUUGGGAGCUAUUUCCAAUCACAUUAGUACUGUUUGGUAUUUGCAAACAAAAAAAAAUGUAGUUAAUGUAAUUUUUAUGAAAUGUGUGCUGUAUUUAAUUUUUCUUAUCAUGCUAUUGACUUUAAUUUCACUUGCAGCUUGACAUUUUCUUAGUGUUUUUAACCUGUACAUUGUGUAAUGUAAUGUUUGUAUAUAAUGAAAUUUUGUUAUAUUUUUAUAUAAUAAAAGCUAAAGUGGAAGUUAUUGCCAAAGGAAAUGUCUGUAAGACAAAAAACAAAACAUGUUGGAAUUCCUUAAUGGAAAUUUAUCUUUUACCUAAAACAAUCUAGUGUUUGAGAAGUUUUGCCUUGCCAAGUAUAACUUGUAUAUCUUGAGUCUGUGGUAGAUUUCAAGUUCAAUGUUAUUUAAUUACAUUUGGUUUUCUGUAAACCGUGUCACUUAUAAGCACAGUAAUAAAGGAUUUGUCAUGUGUUUGAAGAAUCUGCUAAUUGCUUUUCGUGAAGAUGCCGAUAGUCAGAUACUCACAAAUAAUUUGAGUGCCAAAAUUAAAUCUCGAAAAAAAAUUUUAAAAAAAAACAAAAAUAAAAAAAAAUUUAAACCUCG